AUUUUACAAACUAGGAGACUGAGGUUCAGAGAGGCGAGCUUGGCCUUUCCCUAUAUUCACGGCUGAAAACAAGAGAGAGAAGGACCCAAGAGAUAAUUUAUCCCGGUUCCUUCCAGCAAGCUCCAGAGCAGGAGCAGAAGGAGCCCGAUAGUGCUUUAUCUACAAAAGUGGCCCGUAAUUUUGCCAGGAAAGAGGUGCGCAAACCUCUCUCCGCCCCGGAAGUGCGUCAAGCCAGAGCCUGCGCUACUUUGGCGCGCUUUUGAAAGAGCUUCUUCCUUUUUUGGCCGCUGCUCCCGCUGGUUUGGGGCUAGCUUACUUUUUGCAAGCACCUUCUCCUUUGGAGCCCGCGUAGCAUCGUUCCCGCAUCAGGGAUGCGCACCCGCGAGGAGGUGGACGCGACGCUGCAGAUCGCGAAGCUGAACCCCUCGGAGCUGCUCCCCACCGUGCACUGCCUGAGCUUCAGCCCCGGGGCCAGCGGGGCCACGGCCGGAGACUUUUGCCUGGUGGAGCUCGAGCCCGCGCUCUGCCAGCAGCUGGAGGCGGGGCACAGUCUUGUGAUCCGUGGUGACAAAGAUGAACAGGCAGUGAUUUGCAGCAAAGAGAAAACCUAUGACCUGAAAAUAGCAGAUACUUCAAAUAUGUUGCUUUUUAUACCAGGCUGCAAAACUCCAGAUCAAAUAAGAACUGAGGAAAUGCCUUCUAACAUAAUUCACACUGAGAUCUUUGGUUUUGCUAACAAUUAUUGGGAAUUAAGAAGAUGUAGACCAAAAUUAAAGAAACUGAAGAAACUUCUGAUGGAAAAUCCAUAUGAAGGGCCUGAUGCUCAAAAAGAAAAGGAUUCAAAUCAUUCAAAAUAUACAAUGGCAGACUUGCUUGAUCAAAUUCAGGCAAGUGAGGAGGAAAUCCUGGCCCAUUUACAAGUUCUCCAUGCCUGUGAAAUUGGAGGUUACUGGAGGAGUCUUGAAUUUGAUUAUGAGAUGAAACUUCUAAAUCAUAUAACUCAGCUUGUGGAUUCUGAAUCUUGGCCUUUUAAUAGAGUUCCUUUAACUACCUGUCUUCAGGAACUUGGACCAUUGGAACCAGAGCAAAUGAUAGAACACUGUCUUGAAUGUUAUGGAAAGAAAUAUAUGGAUGAAGGCGAAGUUUAUUUUGAAUUAAAUACCAAUAAAAUAUGCAGAGCAACGGCACAGAUGCUAUUACAGAAUGCAGUGAGAUUUAAUCUCUCUGAAUUUCAGGAAGUGUGGCAACAAAGUGUUCCUGAAGGAAUGACAACUAGAAUGGAUCAGCUGAAGGGUUUAGCACUCAUGGAUAAAUAUACUCGGCCUGAGACUAUAUUUUUGCUAAAGGUAGAUGAUUUACCUGAAGAAAAUCAAGAAAGAUUCAAUAGCUUAUUCACUCUAAGGGAGAAGUGGACAGAAGAAGAUAUUGCUCCAUAUAUUCAAGAUCUAUGUGGAGAGAAGCAAACAAUUGGUGCACUGCUCACCAAGUAUGCUCGUUCAUCAAUGCAGAAUGGUGUGAAAUUUUAUAAUUCUAGAAGACCUGUCUCUUAAAAGUCAAGCAUCAAUAUACUUUAGCUGUUGGCUGUAAUUUUUGUAUUUGAUGUGUUGAUAUUUUGUUAAUUUUCCUCUCCUGGAGAUGUUGUUUAGGCAUUCUGCUUACCGUCUAAUUUUAGGGCCCUGUACCCUAUUUUCUUUUCAGACUAUUGAGACACUUGUGUAACAUGUAUCCUACACUUUAUGUAUUAUUAGCAAUACUGCAUACUAUUUUAUAUAUGCAAUAACAAAAAGAGACAUUUUCCAUAGUUAGCAGCUGCAGUACCCUUUGUCCACUAGAAAAGUUCUAUAGUAUAUGCUACAUUUGGAUCAGUAAGAUUUGAGGCUUUUUGUACCUUGAAAUGUGAGACAAGAUGGAGAGAUAAUGGAGUCCAACCCAUUUAUUUCCCAGAUGAGGAAACUGAGGCUCACAGCAAAUUGCUCAAGGUCACAAAGUUAGUAAUAGAGCCAGGAGUACAACCCAAGGUUCUUUGGUCUGCUUACUUUGCUUUGCAUAAAUCCAUGUGUUUCCAUGCUUCUCUGUAUUUAUUUUUUACAUGGCAAGAAGUUUUUAAGAACUUAUUAUGUGAAAGGUACUCUGCUGAACCGAGGAAAGAAGACCAUACUUGCCCUUAAGGAGCUUAUAUUCUAACAGAGGAAGACAACACAUAAAAGGAAGUUGAAAAGGGAGGUGGAAAGGUACUGAUUCAAGAACAUGGUGGCAAAGUCCAUGUAGUGAAGGAUGACUGGGUUGGGUCCUUUUUCAGAAUGAAGGUUCUGAGAAGAACUCACCAACAGUAGGGGGCCACAUGAGCAAAGGAAGAAGGCAAAGUCUCCAGAGUAUAGUAAUAUUCCAUUACAUUCAUAUACUACAGUGUGUUUAGCUAUUCCCUGGCCUGUGGGCAUCUUUGUUUCCAGUUCUUUGCCAUCACAAAAAGUACUGUCAUAAAUAUUUAGGUGUAUAUGCAGCCUUUUUUCCUCACAAUAACCUGCUUGGGGUAUAUACUUAAGACUGGAAUCUAUGAGGCAAAAGAUAUGGAUGUUUUAGUCACUUUACUUGCAAAAUUCCAAACUGCUUUCUAUUAUGGCAGUACUAAUUCACAGUCCACCAACAAUGCAUCAGUGUUCUUGUCUUUCUACAACCCCUAAGCUUUCUAUUCCCAAUCUAAGUAGUGAACUUCCUCUCAUCACACUCUCUCCCAUCACAAAAAUAUUAAAUAUUAAUAGCACACUUGGGCUCAGGCAGUGGUUAAAUAAGUUUGGUCACCCUCAAGUUCUGCAUAUUGGAGUUCAUGGUGUUCUUUCCAACCCAUUCUCUAUUACAUAUAAAAAAGGGCAGCAUUUUUCCAUUGCACAGCUAUUUUGAGAAUGUAUUAUACUCUAAUUGGAAGCAGUAUAUGAUUCUUUGUAUGCCAACUGAUGUAUCAUCAGUGAGAUCUAUGUCAGUCACUUUUCUUUUGGAUUGUAUGGAUGUAGUCACAUUUGAGAGGCAGUGUGAUGUAUUAGAUUGAAUGGUAGGUUAGGGGUCAGAAAACCAAGGUUUGAGUUUGAUCUUCAGCCUAGUCACUUCAUUUCUUUUGGCCUCGAUUUCCUCAUCUUUAAAAUGAAGAAGAUGAUUUAGAGAGGUUCUUAACCUG